AUGACAACACCCAACAGCCACAUCGCCAUCGUCGGAGCAGGUAUCUUUGGUCUCACAAUAUCCCUCAAUCUCAAACAGAGAGGAUACAAACACGUCACUGUAUUCGACGAGCAAUAUCAUGAGGAAGCGGGCGAGUAUAAUGUACACGGGGACAGGGAUGUAGAUGCGGCGUAUCGUUAUCCCCGAAACAAGACAGCCCACGAAACACUCAAUGGAAGCUCCCUUCCACUCUGGAAACAGUGGAACACCCAAAUCGCCUCCACCCCCGCGCACCUCCUUCCCCCAGGGCUCAACCCUUCCGACAGACUAUUCUCCCCUUGCGGCUUUCUCAGUAUCAGCCGAGGGUUGACACUGUCUGCAAAAGACAGAGUUACAGUAGAUGCUCAUAAAGCCGCCGGUGGGAGGGCUACCAUAUACGUGAUCCGCGACCCGAUAGAUAUGGCCCGUCUGCGAACCAGCGCAUCCCUAAACCCCUCCUCCCAUUGGAUCCAAAAGGCCCAACUAUUCGACCACCCCAACCCCGAUCCCAACCAUCCCCUAACGAACGGUUUCCUCAACAUCUCAUCCGGCUCCACCAACGCCCCCAAAACUCAACUCUGGCUCCGGCACCUCUGCUCCCAAGCUGGUGUCAACUUUAUUUCUGGUGGGGCUAGAGGGAGAGUGGACGAAGUGCUUCGUUGGGAGGGUGGUAAGACGAAGAAAGUGAGGGCGGUGAAGACGGGGGAUGGGAAAGUGCAUGAUGCAGAUUUCGUCAUCUUGGCUUGUGGGGGCUGUACGUCGAAUUUGGUACCAGAAGUAGAUGAGCUGGUAGAACGGACGAUGGGGUCGGAGGUUAUCAUCCAAUUACCGACAGAUCGGCCGGAUUUGUGGGACAAAUUCUCGUCAGAGCGGUUCUACGGAUCGCCAAGAAAGGAAGACGGUACAAUCACAUUCGGAUACCGUAGUGGUCCGAAAGCCACCAAACCCCCUCUCUCCCAGUCCCCUUUAACCACCAAAUCAUCAUUCCCCAUCCCUCUCCCUCUUUCCAGCCCCACCACUCUCUCAAACCCCAUCCCCACCAACUCCAGACCUCAAACCUCUUGCAAUCCCUCUAAACCUCUCCCCACCUCUCUGCCCAUAGCCACGUUGCUCAUCAUCCGGAAUGCCAUCUCACAGAUAUUCCCCGAGCUGAGAGGGGUGGAUGUGAAUGUGGUGGAUACGAGGAUGGGGUCGUAUACUGAUUUGGUCAGGCCCGGGUCCAGCGCCCGGGGAGAAGCGGGUGGAGGGAAGGUGGCGGAUUGGGCGCCGGGGUAUGACGGGUUGUUUGUGGUUUUUGGGCAGGGUGAACAAGGAGCUGGAGGAUUUGUCCCAGAUCUCGGAAAAGACUUGGUCGAUUCCCUCGAAAAACGAGCCAACCUCUUCCCAUGGCCCUCCGACGCCCUCCCCAUCCGCACUUCCACACCUCUCGCUCUGCCCACCCCCAAUCCCCUUCCUAGCCCUGUAUCCUACUCGUAUCCAAACACUGGGUACCAUGACCAUCAACGGCACGAUAGCCUCACGCACGAUACCCUCACGGGGGCAGAUCCAUACGCUUAUUCUCAUGGUUUACCGUCUUUCACCGGAUAUCCGGACCAUUCGACGGGUGUGUUGAGCCAUCAUACACUUACAGAUGCGCAUACUGCGGCUGAGCAUGAGGGGGUGUUCCCGCCCUUUUCUCCUGUAUCGGCUCUCCGCCACUCUGCCGAACCACCACCUCCUUCUUACUCUCAUCCCGCCCAGGGCCGCAGGUAUAAUGUUGGAGGAGGGGAACAUUUUAACCCCUCGCCCUCGCAGCAGCAAGCUCAGCAGGGGUACGAAAAUUUCGAAAACUUUGAAGCUUUAGGCGGGCUGGAAGGGCUGGCUAUGGUGGCUGCGGGCGGAGAGUUGGAGAGGGAACGAGAGAGGGAGAAGAGGGAAAGGGAGAAGCAGGAGAGGGAGAGGGAUGAUUGGGUAUGGGCGAAAGUGGAAGCUGCGGCGGGGCUUGCUAGUGCGAAAAUCAAUGGGAGGGUGACUUGA